GCGGCGAUCCGGCCGCACGAGGCCGCGCUGGCGCAGCAACCUUCCCUACCAUUACGUUUGCGCGUUGUGCACCCUCCUACGGGGUGCGUCCGUGGUCGCCGGCGACGCUGUUCAUGGACGGCAGACAGUUUCCACGGCACUCGACGAACGCCGUUCCCCGUCCAGCCGUGGCCAAAACAUCCCCCAUUUCGAGCCGUCGAAUACGCGUCGAUACCGCGACCCCGUGAACGACCUACACUCGGUCAUCUCGUCGUCGUCGUCGUCGUCGUCGUCGUCGUCGCGAUCUAGCGAAUAAGAAUUUCACGCGAAUAUUGUAAUUCUUCUCUCAGUACACUGGAGAGCAGGAGGCUGCGAGCAACGUUCAGCAACGUGGCAAGCUUCUGAAGAACAGAGAGAGGGAGAAGCUUUUCAAGCCAGUUCGUUGGAUCUUCUCGCGCCAGUUCCAGCGGAAGAUGUUUGCCACCCGAGAGACAAAUUCUGUGUUCCUCCUCCACGGUGUACGACUCGUGCGUCCCUGCGUGGGAGAGAGCAGCUCGCUAGGGUGAAUCGUCUGUCAAUCUGGAGGGAAAUGGUACGACGGUUGAGUCCGGCUGCUCGAGAUGAGUAACAGAUGACAACAGGGUCGCGGAUCGAUGUAAACGACGAACAGUCUCCGGGUGCCUCGAUCGCGUCCGACGUGGAGGAGGUGGCCAAGGGCGAAGCCUCUGAGAGUCUUGCACCGAGUCGAUCGACCUAUCGAUAACCGUGGAGAUACCUGCGAUCCUCGUGGGAAACACAAACUCGCCAGGGGCACGAAAUGAGAAAAUGACGGGGUGAAAGCGGGAAGCUUUCGCUAGCUCGUAAAUAGCGUGUGCUCACUGAGAGAGGAUUCUACAAGUGUUCUCGAAGGGGACUCUCUCCCUCUCUCUCUCUCUUUCUCUCUCUCUCUCUCUCUCUCUCUCUGCGAGUGUUCUUCGAGAGGAUCCCGCGUGUUUCCAGUGUUUCCUUGCACGUUCCGGUUUCGGAUCGGACAGAUCUCCAGAUCCGUCCAAGGGAGGAGGGAACUUGGUCGCGAGACGAAAGAUUUUCAGAAAGCGAAAACAACGCAAUUAAGGAGAGCGGAGCUCGAGACGAGUUCCACGGCGUAACGAGUCGCGAAAAGUCUCGAGUCAAGCUUGAGCUGGCCCGAGAGAUCUUUCGAGAUCAGACGAAGGAAAGAAGGAAUUGUCCCCGUGUGAAAGGCUCGGGGAUCUCGAAACGAUCGCGAGAGGCUGAGGAGGAAGUUUGUUACGCGUCGGCGAGGCGAUAUGCUCGGCAUACACACGACUGUGGGAAGUUGAGGACUGGCUUGAUACGGGGCGAUCGCUGCCAAGGCUUGCCAGCGUACCAAAUGGACGAGGCUCGAGGGAGGAUAGUGGAACGAUAGGAGGAGACCGGUUGCGGCUGCAGUUGUGGCGUCGGUCGCUGCACCUGCAGCUGCAGCUGCGGCCGACGAGGAGGUGGUUGCCGGUAGCGGCGUCUAGACGGUGACUGAAACGAUGCAGAGCACCGGCGACUACUAUCAAAGGGCGCCGAGAUGCUGUCCAGGAAGAAACGCGAACGCGAACGCGGACGCGUUACGGAUCAGCGCUUCCGUCCGUGGAGCGGAGUUGCUGUGCUGUUGCUGCAGCUGCAGUACGGCAACGUCUACCAAGACACCAGGACUGUUGGCCAGCCUAGGGGUCUGCGUGCUCGUCCUCGGCUAUACGCUGUUGGGUGCGUUCGCGUUCAUGGCGCUGGAAGGUGGCCUCAAGUCGGAUUCAGCGAACGACUUGCUCGUUCCCGGUGGUUCCAAAACCGAAGGAGGAUCGUACGUGAUGUCUAACUUCGAGGACGAAACCGCGGCCAUGGAAUUAAGAGCGCGCACCGUUGAAAGGCUGUGGAGCAUCACAGAGGACUUGAAUGUACUGUACAAAGAAAACUGGACGCGUUUAGCGGCGAGGGAGGUGUUCGAGUUCCAGGAGAACUUGGCACGAGGUCUCAGGAGAACGUCCUCGCAGUACGAGCCGGUUGGACCAUCUUCUCAAUCCAAGGGCCAUUCCAUGGAGAGAAGACCGCACAGAAGAUGGACCUUCAGUGGCAGUCUCUUAUACUCCCUGACGCUAAUUACCACUAUUGGAUACGGUAGCGUGGCGCCUCGCACAGUCUGGGGUCGUUUGAUCACAAUAGUAUACGCUCUGGCUGGGAUUCCCCUAAUGCUGGUCUAUUUAAGCACGGUUGGUGACGUUCUCUCAAGGAGCUUCCGCCGUUUGUAUGGCAGGCUAUGCAGGCCUCGAAAUUGCAGCAGAAAGCAACAACCGCCGCCACCGCCUCCUCCUGUGGGUGGCAUUAUGAGCAAAACUUACAGAUAUGAUAACCACGUCGAUUCGAAAUCUGGAAAUUACUAUUCAGCUAGCAGAGAGAGUUCUUGCGACGAUCUGGGAACCCGAGGCACCAGCAGCGCCAUCUUAUUGGAUUGUGGAAGCGAAGGAUUACUUCACGCUACCACCAGCUCCACCGCAGCGCUUCAGGACGUGACAUCAGGGAACAGCAAACGCCAUUUUCACCCGUGCUCGCUGUCCCUGUCGACGAACUCGUCGCCAGGCUACGUGGUGGAAACGAAUCCCGUGAGGAUACCGAUCAGUCUCUGCCUAGUGAUUAUGUUAAUCUACAUAUGCGGUGGCGCGGUGAUGUUCAAUCGUCUGGAGGGUUGGAGUCUCCUGGAAGGUGGCUACUUCUGCUUCACCAGUCUCGGAACAAUCGGUUUCGGCGACCUGAUGCCAGUUGGACGAAACGCCGCGUCCCCCACCUUGGAGGAGCUUAGCCUGUGCGCCUGCUCGCUCUACAUACUCGCCGGGAUGGGCCUGAUCGCCAUGUGCUUCAACCUCGUCCAGGAGGAGGUGGUACGCGUGGUCAGGGUCUUCGGUAGAACCUGCGGCAUGUCGUCGGGGGUGGUGGUCGGACCUAUCGGUGGUACAGGUUCCGGUCCUGGGCUCAAGGCCGACUUGGAUGACGGAGGGGGCACCAGUGACUCGCGACUGUCCGAACAAGAAGAAGAGGCGAUCGCCAUGUCCAUGGUGCCAACAUCCUGACAGCAUCAGGCCAGGAGUCCC